AUGUUGAAAUAUCUUUCCAUCGUUGCCGCUACGGCAAUCCUGACCGGAGUGGAAGCUCAGCAAUCAGUCUGGGGACAAUGCGGCGGUCAAAAUUGGAGUGGCGCGACAUCAUGUGCCGCAGGUUCUACAUGCAGCACUCUUAACCCUUACUACGCACAAUGCGUCCCUGCCACGGCUACUUCGACUACAUUGGUGACAACAACAUCUUCCAGCAGCGUCGGAACGACACCACCGCCCACAACCACGACGAAAGCUACCACCACUACUCCUACCACAACGAAAGCUACUACCACUGCCGCUGCAUCUGGAAACCCUUUCUCUGGAUACCAGCUCUAUGCCAAUCCAUUCUACUCGUCAGAAGUAUACACUCUUGCCAUCCCAUCAUUGACUGGUACACUCGCCGCUGCUGCAACCAAAGCUGCCGAGAUCCCAUCAUUCGUCUGGCUUGAUACGGCAGCCAAAGUACCUACAAUGGGUACCUACCUAGCCAACAUUGAGGCUGCAAACAAGGCUGGCGCCAACCCACCUAUUGCCGGUAUCUUUGUUGUCUAUGACCUGCCUGACCGUGACUGUGCAGCUGCUGCAAGUAACGGCGAAUUCACUGUAGCAAACAACGGUGUUGCAAACUACAAGGCUUACAUCGAUAGCAUUGUAGCACAGUUGAAAGCUUAUCCUGAUGUACACACCAUUCUUGUUAUUGAGCCCGAUAGCUUGGCCAACAUGGUCACCAAUUUGUCCACUGCUAAAUGUGCCGAAGCUCAAUCUGCAUACUAUGAGUGCGUCAACUACGCAUUGAUCAACCUCAACCUGGCCAACGUGGCCAUGUACAUUGAUGCCGGCCAUGCUGGUUGGCUCGGAUGGCCUGCCAAUCUUUCACCAGCGGCUCAACUCUUUGCAACAGUCUAUAAGAAUGCAAGCGCUCCUGCAGCUCUUCGUGGACUGGCCACCAACGUUGCCAAUUACAACGCUUGGUCCAUCAGCAGCCCGCCCUCAUACACAUCUGGCGACUCCAACUACGAUGAACAGCUCUACGUCAACGCUUUGUCUCCUCUCCUGACAUCUAACGGCUGGCCCAACGCUCACUUCAUCAUGGAUACUUCCCGAAAUGGUGUUCAGCCGACCAAGCAACAGGCAUGGGGUGAUUGGUGCAAUGUUAUCGGAACCGGCUUCGGCGUCCCUUUCACAACCAAUACCGGUGACCCACUUGAGGAUGCCUUCGUCUGGGUCAAACCAGGUGGUGAGUGUGAUGGUACAUCAAAUAGUUCCGCACCUCGUUACGAUUAUCACUGUGCCCUCAGUGAUGCACUUCAACCGGCUCCUCAGGCUGGUUCUUGGUUCCAAGCAUAUUUUGUCCAGCUUUUGACCAAUGCCAAUCCAUCUUUGGUCUAA